CCUUUCUCGGCCUUUUGGCUAAGAUCAAGUGUAGUAUCUGUUCUUAUCAGUUUAAUAUCUGAUAUGUGGACCAUUGGUUCACACGAUAUUAAAUUUAUUUUUUGAGGGGGAAAGCUCGUCAGGGUAGCUUGCUAUCUGGGCUUUCAAGCGUCGCCUAUGCGUUGCACUACUGCACAGGCCUGGCGCACCCCACCAAUUAUAGUUUAAAGAAUACUUUUAAAUAAUUUAAUGGGCUUUAUGUUUUACUAUGUGUUAUUUUUCUUCGUGUGUACAAGUGGAUUCAGUUCCAUUAAGAACAAAUGGGCCCGCCCAAUGAGUUAUACUACUACUACUCUUAUAAUAUAUCACAAAAUUAUGAUAAAUGGUUAGCUAGCUCAAUGAUCAAGCUAGUAUAAACCGAAGAGUUUGAAUUGAAUGUAAAGAGGUUGUUAUUUUGACAGGGGAGAUUCUACAAUUGGAUUGGAAUAUUAUCCAAGUAACGUGUCUCUUAAUUGUGGAGGCAUGCGCACUAGAACAAUCACCUGGGAUCUUGAACCAUUGUGUUUCGUCCCUUGCACGCUACCUGUUCGACCAAAUGACCACUUCACUUGCACAUGCUACACACCACAAUUCUCCCACUGCUGUCAGUCAAUAUGAUUGCCCAUGUUUUUUUACUAUCUUAGCGCCUUUAUUCACGUUGCUAACACAUUUUUUUAAAUAAAAACAUUGUCAUUAAACACAUCUUGUGCUGAAAAGGAAAUAAUAGAAAAUAUUAGCCGAGUAUAUACGAAUAUUGAGAUAAGUCGAUACCUUUUUCCUCUUUGGUUCUCUCAUAUUCUAUUCAAGCCGGUUUCUUGUCUUGGAUCCUGUCUUAUAAUAGAGUUAAAGUAUGUGUCCCAUACAGUGGCCGCAUAUUUAGGAACAGUAGGUUGGGCUUUCCAUAAUUGCUGUUUGUUUUCGCUAAUCAAAUAAUGACUCUAAUUUGACCGAGUAAAUCUUGGUCUUUUAUUUUUCAGUUUUUCUUUUUUCGCUCUGUUAAAAACUUGGGAUUAAUCCAUCUGUGGCUGUGAGUUGUGAUGGUUGGUGGCCUGCUUUUGGUGGGUUUUAUUUUGGUUACAUUUGGUGGGGUUUAUUGUUUAUUGAUGGAUGCUUAAAUUAAUGGAUUGCUGAGCUGUGAGAAUAAUGAUAAUAUCAGGGUCUCUGAUGUUUCUGCGGUGAACUCAAAAUUGACAUCAUGGGAGCCCUCUGGCUCUAUUGUUUAGAGGGGGAGAAUGAAUUUGAAUUGAAUUGAGGCCUUUAUUGAAGAAAAGGGAGGUGUUUUCUUCAAGAAAAGCCUUUUACCGACUGAUGGCUCCUCCUGGGAAAACUUCUGGAUUCCAUCGUGAAGGAGAUCACUGGUGACAUUUUUUUUCUGGGGUAUGUUAUAAUUACCAAAUAUUAACAAAAUCAGAGUUUCGAAAGUACGGUUAGUUUCGAAAGUACGGUUAGCGAUAAUUAUGCUCUAAACAAGCAAAAAGGAAACAGAAGUAUGGUUGGAUGAAUGAUAGAGGUACUACAGUUCAAGUUUGCAAAGUGAUAUAACAGUAGUGGUGGAUGAAGUAAAGUUCCAUCUUCACAAGCAUCUUUUGGCAGCCUAGACUUCGAUUCACAAUUCUCUUCUGUGCCAAUUAUAUCUGGACUCUAAUAGAAGUGUAUACGCUCCAGUUCCCUCUUAUUUCAAGAUGUGGGAAGAUAGCAACCAUCUUUGAAGAUUGUGAAAGUUCUACUGACAAGACAUCAACAGUACCUCUCGAAGAGUUUCCAGAUUAUCUUUCGAUGACCGAUGAUUAUGGUGAAGACAAUUUACUGUCCAAAUCAGAAAGUUAUUUCCAUAAGCAUAUCCUAAAAGACUGGAAGGAUUGCAUUUUGGCGCUCCAAAGCUGUGAACUAGUUAUUCUGAGAGCAGACAAACUUCAAAUUAUAAGUAGAUGUAUCAAUGCAUUGUCUGUAAUGAUCUGUACGGACCCCUCACUAUUCGGAUGGCCUAUGAUGAUGUAUGGUAGCCUACAGAGUCCUGGAGGGAGCAUUCUGUGGAAUGGGAUAAAUACCGGUGCAAAGAUCCAGAGUAAUGAAUCCAACUGGUGGUUUGAGGACGUAUCGUAUCUCUGUGUCGAGUUGUUUGAGAGGCUGAUUCAGACAAUGGAAGCCAAAGGAAUAAGUCCAGAGAAUUUAGCACGCUCCAUAAUGUACUAUUGUAAAAAGUAUCUUCCAGGAUUGGGACGAUGGCAAGGAGGACAGAGUGGUCUUUCGAGGACAGUUGCUAGUUUCAGCAUGACGCCUGCUAAUGUCAAUCAAGAUGCUCUUUUGCGAAGUGUUAUCAAAUUACUGCCAGAGAAGAAGGGAAAAUCUUUUUGCCGUUUUCUGCUGGGGCUUUUACGUGUUGCGUUGAUCUUGGGGGUUAACAAUACAUGCCAGGAUUCUCUGGAAAGGAGAAUAGGCAUACAGCUGGAUUUGGCAACCCUAGAUGGUCUACUUAUACCUAAUUAUUCCGAUUCUGAUACUUUAUACAACACAGAUUGUGUUGAAAGGAUGAUUCGUCAUUUUGUAUCUUCUGAGCCGAGUAUAGCUUCUAUAUCUCCAUUAUCAGCCGACCUUGACACAUCUCCAUCAUCAGGGCGUUUCAAGAGAGUUGCUAAAUUGGUGGAUAAUUAUGUAGCGGAGGUUGCUUCUGAUGUAAACUUGAAACCUGGAAAAUUACGUGCACUGGCAGAAGCAUUGCCAGAAUCUUCGAGAUCUUUGCAUGAUGGGCUAUACCGAGCACUGGAUAUAUACAUUAAGGCACAUCCCUGGCUUUCAGAUAAAGAGCGGGAGCAGCUCUGCAACAUUAUUGAUUUUCAGAAACUCUCGAUCGAUGCUUGCGCACACGCAUCUCAAAACGAGAGGCUUCCACUCAGAAUCGUACUUCAAGUCUUGUUCUUCGAGCAGAUGCAGCUGCGGACGGCCUUAGCUGGCUGCCUAAAUGUUCUCGAUGCUGAAAGUGCCCCCACAGCUUCUCUGGCCAUUCCUAACGAAGCUGCUGGGCAAAGGGCCCAUCGAGAUGGAUGGGUAACAGUCGUUCGUGAGAACCAGGUGCUGAAAGUAGAUAUGGAGCGGAUGAGGUCUAGAGUUGGUGAACUGGAAGAAGAGUUCAGUAAAAUUAAGGAAGAGAUGAAAAAGGCAACCAAGUCAAACAGUUACCUUAGCUCUCCACGCCUUGUUCCUAGAGGGAAUGGAGGCAAACUACUUCCUCAGGCUUUAGAUGCCCAACAAGAUGUCAUUGAGAGUGGGACACCAACUCCAAGAGCAUCAGUCGAGCAGGCACGACCGUCCAUCAAGAACCCUAGACACAGAAAGAGUUUCUCCCAGUUUUGAGUAUUUAGAAGUCCGUAUCUCUUGAUUCGACUGCUGUUCUUGCCCCGAGCGCGCAACCUUGGGAGUAGGGGCUUGUCAAUCUCAAGGUGGUAAGCUUGGGUUCUUUCUCUUGCAGUGCGUCAAGCCAACAUAGAUAAGGCGGUGUUUGUCCAUAUCUUGGAGAAGGUACAAAAGCUUCUAAACAUAGCAAGGCAUAGCUUUAGAUGGUGAACUGGGCUGGGGAAAAAUUUCUAGCAGAUGAGUUUUGCCUCAGUUUUUUAUGCAAUAAUACAGUCGAUGAUAUCGAGUAUAAAACUACCUACUAGAGUUUUUUCUCCGGUUUGGUUUUCACAGCAUUCACAAGAAUGUAUAGUUUGAAUCUUAUGUAUGUGAUAUUGAUACGCUUACAGGUUGAAUCUUGAAUGUACAGUUUGAAAGCAUAGAUUUUUCAAGAAUCUUGGUUCGUUUU